AUGGCGCGCGAUCCGGCCUCGGGCAUCAAGCUCAGCAGCGACAAGCGCAUGGCGUGCGUGUCGUGCAUGGAAGGACAGCAGAUGCGCAAUGCGCAGUUGCAGGAGGACAGCGGCACCAACUCGCCUAUCGAUCGCAUCGGUGGCGUCAUCUGCUCGGACCUUAAGGGCCCGAUGACGCCGCGGGACCGACUACAGAACCGGUACUUGGUCAAUUUCAUCGACCGCAAGUCGAACUACUGCCGCGUGUUUCUCGCGCGCACCAAGGACGCGACGGCAAAGCAUUUUGAGGCGUUCCUCAUUCACUUCGAGCGACGUUUCGGGUUAAAGAUCCACGUCUUAGAGACAGACGGCGGCGGCGAGUACGCCAACAUUGACCUGUUUGCAAAUGCACGGGUGUCGCGCGCCAGGUGUCGGAGGCGCGAAACCAAGCGUCAAACGGAACGGCGGAGAGGAUGCAUCGGACGCUGUUAA